AUGGCGACGCGACGAAUCCCCCCAGCCUUUCAGUCUCUGAAAGCAGUGACAAAUCCUGGAGCGGCUGUGCGGCUCGGUAGACAACAGCAGCAGCAGCAGCAGCAACUGCAGCAGCAGCAGCAGCAGCAGCAACAACUGCAGCAGCAGCAGCAACUGCAGCAGCAGCAACUGCAGCAGCAGCAACUGCAGCAGCAGCAACUGCAGCAGCAGCAACUGCAGCAAGCGUGGCAUCGCUGGUACAUCCAAAAGCAGCAACAGCAGCAACAGCAGCAGCAGCAGCAGCAGCAGCAACACCACAGGCAGCAACUGCAGCAGCAGCAGCAACACCAGCAGCAGCAGAAUGCUGCGCGGCAAGCCCACCGCCUUAACAACAACAGCAGCAGCAGCAGCAGCAGCAGCAGCAGCAGCAACAGCAGCAGCAGCAGCAGCAGGUUCUCGCUUGCAUUAACUCGAACGCUGCGUCGUUUAGAGGAUAAUACAAACAGCAGCAGCAGCAGCAGCAGCAGCAGCGGGCGACAAUUGGGAGGUCGUGCUGCAGCAGCAGCAGCAGCAGCAGCAGCAGCAGCAGCGCUGCAGCAGUUCAGCCGUUUCUUUGCUGGAGCAGCAGCAAAACCCUCAGCAGAAGAAUGGCUGCUUGUGCACAGGGUUCUGUUGCCUCUCUUGCCUGUAGGCCACCUCAUUCAGCACCGCCCGCCAGCAGCACUCGCGGACCUUCCUGCUGCUGCUGCUGCUGCUGCUGCUGCUGCUGGUGUUCCUGCUGCAGCUGCAGCAACGCCCGCAGCAGCAGCAGCAGCAGCAGCAGCAGCAGCAGCAACAGCGUUCCGGAGGCCGUCGAGUGUCUGGGGGCCUUUGCCGCUGCAGCACGCAACAGCGUUCCGGAGGCCGUCGAGUGUCUGGGGGCCUUUGCCGCUGCAGCACACAGCGUUCCGGAGGCCGUCGAGUGUCUGGGGGCCUUUGCCGCUGCAGCACAAACUAGCCAUCAUUGAUUGGUUGCUGCAGCUGAAGCUGCCUGUAUCUGCUGCUGCUCUUUUGUUUGAUUUGGCUUACAACGAGCUGCUGCCUGCUGCAGCAGUUCCUGCUGUUGCUGCUGCAGUGAAGGCAGCAGCAGCAAGCUUCUGCAGCAAUACACCUGCUGCUGCUGCUGCUGCUGCUGCUGCUGCUGCUGCUGGUGCUGGAGCUGGAAAGCUGCAGGCUGCUAAGCCUGCAGCAGCAGCAGCAGCUGCUGCUGCAGCAGCAGCAGAUGCAGCAACAGGCAGCAGAACGGAGGGCUUGGUCUGGUGGUUUGCUGCUGCAGCAAGGCUGCUGCAGCUGCUGCAGCUCGGCAUUCAUCCUGCUGCUUCUGUGGAUAUCUUUCUCACCAGCGUGCCUGUGUCUCCGUUGCUGCCGCAUUUGUCGUUUCCUCUGGAGUUUGCUGCUGCUUCCCUUUCUGCUGCUGCUGCUGCUGCUCUGCUGCUCUCGUGCCGUUCGCGGCAGCUGUUCUUGCUGCAGCUACAGCAGCAACUGCAGCAGCAGCAGCAGCAGCAGCGGAGCACAGAACUGCCGCAGACAGCAGCAGCAGCAGCAGCAGCAGCAGCAGCAACAGCAGCAGAUCCGUUCCUGUCUUUGCUGCAGCAGCAAACGCCAAACACAGCAGCUGUCUGGGGAGCUAUCCGCCGCCACUUCCUUGCGCUUGAUAGCAGCAGCAGCAGCAGCAGCAGCAGCAGCAACAGCAGCAGCAGCAGCAGAAGGGCUCACCCAUGCUGCUACCUUGCACCUUAUGCUGACGAGCAGCAGCUGCUGCUGCUGCUGCAGACGGUAGGCCUGGAUGCUGGUUGGGCUGCUGAUGCUGGCGUUGCAGCAGCAGCAGCAGCAGCAGCAGCAGAUACAGCAGCAGCAGGUGCAGCAGCAACAGAUGCUUCCGAAACAGCAGCAGCAGCAGCAGCAACUGCUGCAGAGUCACCAGCAGCAGCAGCAACAGCAACAGCAGCAGCAGCAGCAGCAGCAACAAAACAGCGUGCUGCACCUGCACAUGGAGUUGAAUUGCUGCAGCUGCUGCAGCAGCUCUCGACCCUGCCUAUCCGCUUUGCUGCUGCUCCUGUUGCUGCUGCUGCUGCUCCUGCAGCAGCAGCAGCAGCAGCAGCAGCAGGGCAGAUGCCGCUGUCGCUAGAAGGAAGCUUGCUGCUGCUGGAGUGUAUAUACAGCCGAGCAGCAGAACGAGUUGCUGCUGCUACGCCCACGGAGCUGCUGCAGGCAGCAGCACAAGGAGUUGAUCUACACCUGGCGGCGCUGGUGUCAAGCCUUCCGUCCCCUCUGUCUGCACUCAGCAGCAGCAGCAGCAGCAGCAGCACAGCAGCAGCAGCAGCAGCAGCAGCAUUCCCACGUAUACCUGUAUUUGAGGUGCUGCUGCCGCUGCUGUCUGGAUCUAUAGCCGAAGCAGGGCAGCAGCAGCAGCAAACGCUGCGAGCUGUGCUGCUGCUGCUUGCUGCAGCACGAGCGCAGAUGCUGCACCCUUUUGCUGCUAAGGUUGCAGCAAUGACUGCAGCAGCACCGCCGCUGCAUCCAGCAGCAGCAGCAGCAGCAGCAGGCGACCGUACUGCUGCUGCUGCUGCUGCUCUAAGGCACGUAUCUUCUCCGUUGUUUGGUGGCGGUGCAGCAGCAGUAGCAGCAGUAGGCCGAGGUGCAGCAGGAGACGCAGCAGCAGCAGCAGAAAGAGCAGCAGCAGAAGCAGCAGAAGCAGCAGCAGGUCAGAAGCUAGCUUCUAUAUACUUUCGUUUUCGUUCCUCGUUGCUGUUCUUUGCUCGUGUUAAUGUUGCUGCUGUUGUGUCUCGCCACUUGCUGCGCUGCUUGGGGGAUCAGCAGCAGCAGCUGCAGCAGCAGCUGCAGCAACUGCAGCAGCAGCAGCAGCAGCAGCAGCAGCAGCAGCAACUGCAGCAACUCCAGCAGCAGCAACUCGAACUACAGGCAGAAACCAGACGCUUCCUCUUCCCCUUGCUUCAGCUUAUCCAUGCACUGGACGCUCCUGCUGCAGUUCGUCAGCAGCUAAUAGGCAUCGGGCUGUCUCGCCGCAGCUGCUGCAUGCAUUUGUGGCGGCUGCAGCAGCUGCUGCUGCAGCUGGUGCAGCAGCAGCAACUGCUGCUGCAGCACCGCGAGCAGCACGAGCUUCUGCAACUCCUUCAGCAGCAGCAGCAGCAGCAGCAGCAACCUUUGCUUCUGGGGGGGAAUCCGUCUGCUGCAGCGGCAUUUGCUGCUGAUUUCGCUAGAUGCACUGGACGCUCCUGCUGCAGUUCGUCAGCAGCUAAUAGGCAUCGAACAAAACAGGCAAUAGAAGAGUCUCGGGUUUUGUUUUUGAGGUGUCUCGACAGCGUCUGCCUGCGGGCAUCCAGUGAAGCCUCUGCGAGCCCUGAGCAGCAGCAGCAGCAGCAGCAGCAGCAGCAACAGCAGCAGCAGCUGCUGCUGCUGCCGCGACCUUUAAGUGAAGUACAGCAGCAGAUGCAGCAGCAGCAGCAGCAGCAGCAGCAGCAGCAGCAGGUGUGCGCGGAGCAGCAGCAAUACGCGCUGCUGCCCGCAGUAUGUGCUUCUCCUCUUGCUGCUCCUGCUGCAGCAGCAUCGCAGCCGCUGCAGCGGCUGACGCAUUUGCUGCAGAAGCAGGCAUGCAGUAUCAUGCGUGCAGCAGCAGCAGCAGCAGCAGCAUCAGCUGGAGACGCUGCUGCUGCUGGUGCUGCUGCUGUUGAGCCUGAAGAGGAUGCACCGUCCCUGGUAGAAAGCAGCAGCAGCAGCAGCAGCAGCAGCAGCAGCACGAACAGCAGCAGCAGCAGCAGCAGCAGUGUGAACGCGCAGCAGCUGCCGUUGCUGCUGCAAGUGCUGUUCAGCUGCUGGAGGCGAAGCAACGCAGCAGCAGCAUUAGCAGCAGCAGCAGGAGAACCAUGUUUGCUGCUGCAGUAUGAGCCUUCAUCUGAACAGCAGAAGCAGCAGCAGCAGCAGCAGCAACAGCAGCAGCAGCAGCAGCAGCAGAAGAAGCAGCAGCAGAGGCGGCGGCUGCUUCCCGAUAUGUCGCCGCUUGUUGCUGAGCUGUACAGACACCUCAGCCCUGCUGCUGCUGCAGAGGAUGCAGCAGCAGCAGCAGCAGCAGCAGCAGCACCUGAUGCAGCAGCAGCAGCAGCCGCACCUGCUGCCUGGUUGCAGGCUCUGCUGCUGCAGAUGCCCCUCGAUACAAUUUCUACUGGCAUGGCGGCAGUUGACGAGGAGCUCCACUUAGCCGCUCACGACGCAGCACUAUCCGACUCGCAGCAGCAGCAGCAGCAGCAGCAGCAGCAGCAGCAGCAGGCUUUGCUGCUGCUGAACAGCUGCGGCGACGUGCAUGCAUAUCAAGAGAAGCUAUCUGGGGUGUAUAGGCACCUCAGCAGCCUCCUAGACCUGCGGCUGCAGCAAGCAGCAGCAGCAGAGCUGCUGCUGCUGGCAGCACGAGUACCCUAUCUAGCGCAGCUGCCGCAGCAUCUACCCCUACAGCAACAACAACAACAGCAGCAGCAGCAGCAGCAGCAGCAGCAGCAGCAGCAGCAGCUGCAGCAGCAGCUGCUGCAGCAAGAGUCGCAGCAGCGGCGGGAGUUUUUCUUUUUGUCUAUUGUUGAAGAAAUCUCUGCUCGUAUGGCCCGGGGAGAAGCAGCAGCAGCAGCAGCAGCAGCAGCAGCAGCAGGAGCAGCAGCAGGAGCAACAGCAGCAGAUGGGAUAGAGGGUGCAGCAGGAAGUGUUGCAGCAGGAGAAGCAGCAGCAUUGCCUGCUGCUGCUGCUGCUUCUGCUGCUGCUGCUGCGCUUGAGGAGGACCCCGUAGGGCAGCAGCAGCAGCAGCAGCAGCAGCAACUGCAGCAGCAGCAGCAGCUGCUGCAGCAGCAGCAGGCAACCUCUCUGCUUCCAGGCAGCUCGCUGCAGCAAGCAGCAAACGCAACCAUUGAAAGCAGCAGCAAAGCAGCAGCAGCAGCAGCAGCAACUGCUGCUGCUGCUGCUGUGCAUCAUGUUAUAAGGCAUGCAGUGUACAUACAGCUGCAGCGGGGAGCAGCAGCUGCAGCAGACCCAAUACAGGUUGGGUCUUUGCUGUGGAGUUUGGUGGCGCUGCGGUGUACAGACAUCCAGCUGCUAAACCCUCUCUUCGAACGGCUAGAGAGGCUAGAGAGGUGGGCUUGUGGUUCUCUUCCUGCUGAGGUUUACCAGCAGGCGACAGCUUACCGCCUCGCAACCACCUGGAAGUUGCUGCAGGUCCGGCGAGGGUUUAGGGUUUAG